GGGAAGGAAAUUAUUAUAUCAGAGCAGAAGAGAAAGACUGUUACAUUUCUCACAUAAAUUGGACUCAUAUUUAAGUAAAAUGUCCAGAAUGUGUGUCGUUCUGCUCGUCUUUUCCAGCAUCUGUACAGUUGUUGUUGGUGCUCCAGUUACAGUCACAGGAUACAGAGGAGAGAGAGUUAACAUCAGUUGCUCUUAUGAAUCUGGAUAUGAAUCAAAUUCAAAGUAUUUGUGUAAAGGCGAGUGUAUCAUUGGAAACAGAAACAUCAUAGUUAGAUCAGGAUCUCCAGCUAAAGACCAGAGAUUCUCUCUGAGAGACGACACGACAGCCAGAGUUUUCACCGUCACCAUCACUGAUCUGAGAACAGCGGAUCAGGGACUAUACUGGUGUGGAGUGGAGAGGACUGUAUUUAAAGAUGUCUAUUCAGAGAUUCUGUUGCUGGUUAAAAGUGGUUAG